GCCCACAACGGCUAGUUGCUUCCCCACACCCCUAUAAAUUCAUCACCAGACGACACAACUGGACCACAGCAAGCACUCUCCAUAGUCUAUACCUCUAUUUCAAUUCCUCUCACUCUCCGAAUCAAAUCAAAUCCUCUCAUAUACUCGAUGGCAAUGGCAUCAAGAGCUGCUUCUUUGCUAGCUGUCGUGUUUCUGGUGUUGUUGAGCUUCUCAGAAGCCAGAGAGUAUUUGGUGGGAGGCAAAUCAGACGCAUGGGCAGUCCCUUCUUCGGAAUCCGAAUCUCUCAACAAAUGGGCUGAAAGCAAACGGUUCAGGACCGGCGACGUUCUUGUGUGGAAGUAUGACGGUGCAAAAGACUCGGUGUUGUAUGUGAGCAAGGAAGACUAUGUGAACUGCAACACGUCAAACCCAAUGAAGCAGUACAAGGAUGGCGAGACCAAGAUUGUGCUGGACAAAUCAGGACCCUUCUACUUCAUCAGCGGAACCAAGGACCACUGUGUAAAGGGACAGAAGCUCGUUGUUGUCGUUAUGUCCCACAGAACCAGUCCCUCCUCCGCCAUCUCUCCGGCACCUUCUCCCGCCUUCGAUGUCACAGACGGUCCCGCCGUUGCUCCAGCUCCGACUAGCAGUGCUUCCCCUUUCAAGGCCGGUCUCCUCGUUGUUGUGGCCCUCAUGGGGUUUUCGGCAGCUCUGCUCAUCUAGAGGCUAGGGUUUAGUGAGCAAUUGGGCUGGACUUUUUUGAUCUGGGCUGCUUCUUUGGUUUUAGGGAUUUAUUUUAUUCUUUAUUGGGGGUAUAUCGGAGGGUUCAUAUUCAUCUGAGAUGAUGUUCAUGUUAUAUGUAGUGGUUCCAUCUUCUUUCUCAUGAAAUUUUAAUAUAUUUCUUUCUA